AUGAUUGAAGCCAUGCCCAUCGUGUCCACCAACACAGGUCUUCAUGAGACUCUGGCUCUUCUCACAUCUCAGCUCCACCCCGACGCCAACCACAAAGAAGACCUUGCCUUCCUCAAAGAUGUCCUCAGCGAGAAAAGUCUGGGUUAUCUCAUGAAGAUCCACGGGAAGCUGAAGCAGUACGAGAAACAGAGCCCCACCCCGGUCCUCCACAGCGCCGUCUGUCUCGCUGAGGAUCUGGCUGAAGAGCUGCAGAAUGGACCCAUGGAGGAGGACGAGAGGGAACUGCUACUGCUGCUGAGCACCCCUCAUCUCAAGGCAGUGCUGUCCGCUCAUGACACGGUGGCCCAGAAGAACUUUGACCCGGUGUUGCCUCCGUUGCCAGAAGAACUGGAUGACGACUUCGAAGAGGAGUCGGUCAAGAUUGUGCGUCUGGUCAAAAACAAAGAGCCCCUGGGGGCAACCAUUCGCAGAGACGAGGUGACCGGGGCUGUGAUUGUGGCCCGGAUCAUGAGGGGAGGGGCCGCCGACCGCAGCGGUCUGGUACAUGUGGGCGAUGAGCUCCGAGAGGUCAACGGAAAUCUGAUCAUUCAUAAAAGGCCGGAUGAAAUCAGCCAAAUUCUGUCCCAGUCACAAGGCUCUAUUACCCUCAAAAUUAUCCCGGCCAUUGUGGAGGACGACCGGCUGAAGGAAAGCAAGGUCUACCUGCGGGCUUUGUUUGACUACACCCCUUUCGAGGACAGGGCCACACCCUGCCAGGAGGCGGGGCUUCCUUUCAGAAGGGGGGACAUUCUUCAGGUGGUGAGUCAGGACGACGACACCUGGUGGCAGGCCAAGAAGGUGGGCGACUGCAACCUUCGCGCCGCCCUCGUCCCCUCCACACAGUUCCAAGAGAGGCGCCUAAGGUAUAGGAUGAAAAUGGGGACCUACCCUGCAAUGGUGUCUCCCAAAACACCCACAUAUGACCGGGCUGAGAAAGAAGACUGUGACAGUGAGGCCACUCUGAGUGGAAAUAAUAUAGCUGUAGUCUCUCCCAAGAGGAAGGCGGCCCCUGGCUCCUGUGGCCAUGCUUUCUCAUGGGAUUUCUACUCAGCCGGCCUGCGCAGAAGUUUCCGCCUCAGGAAAGAUCGGCAGACUUCGCCCGGAGAGCCUCGCACCCCAGACACCUCCCACGCGGAGUUUCUGAUCUAUGAGGAAGUCGUGCGGUACCAGAUACGCUGCGGCGAGAGGCCUCGCCUUAUCGUUUUAAUAGGUUCCUUAGGGGCCCGGAUCAAUGAGCUCAAACAGAAGAUGAUUGCUGAGAGCCCACGUCAGUACGGCGUGGCCGUGCCUCACACCACCAGAGCCAAGAAGAGCCAUGAGAGGGAAGCAGUGGAGUACCACUUCAUCACUAGAGCUGCUUUUGAGGCAGAUAUCCAGAAUAAUAAAUUCAUUGAGUACGGGGAGUAUAAGGAUAACCUAUAUGGCACCAGUCUGGAGUCCAUCCGUGUUGUGUUAGAUCGAAACAAGGUGUGUUUGGUGGAUGUACAACCAGAGGCGCUGAAGACGCUACGCACUGCUGAAUUCAAGCCGUUUGUUAUCUUUGUGAGGCCGCGGAUCCACGACAGUCACUGCAAACGGCUGGGCUCCUCCUCCUCGCUCAGUGUGGGCGUCACAGAAGAAGACCUCCAGGAGAUGAGGCAGUCGGCGGAGCAGAUGGACGAGCGCUAUGGCCACUGGGUGGAUUACACGCUGGUGAAGGAAGACCCAGUUAGUGCCUUAGUGGAGCUCCAGGCCGUGCUGGAGAGAGUGCAGGUCGAGCCCCACUGGGUACCUGUGUCUUGGGUCAGGCAUUAA